UCGCCUCCACCUCUUCAGCAUCCCGUACCUACUCAUCCUCCUGUGCAGAUGCGAUCGCCUCGGACUCAAUAUAUGUCUCCUCAACAGCAUCAUCAAUCCUUGCAUCCUCAGCAUCAGCAACAGCAGCAUCAGCAUCAACAACAACAACAACAACAGCAGCAGCAGCAGCAGCAGCACGGUAUGCCGUCGUUCCCUUUCAAUCUCAAUGACGGAACUACGCAACUGGGCAUGCAGUUUGGAAAGUCGGCAGUCAUGGCAGGACAGGAAUACGUGGAGCAAAAUCUCAAUCGCUGGGUCAACCGUGCAGCAUUGCAGCCCUACUUUAAUGUCAGCAACCAAUAUGUCGUCAGCAAGCUGAGGCUCCUCGUUUUCCCCUGGCGCCACAAGUUGUGGACUCGCGUAUUAAAGCGGUCAGAGACAACAGGGGAAUCGAUCGGAUACUUGCCUCCACGAGACGACAUCAAUUCACCGGACAUGUACAUCCCUGUCAUGGCCUUUGUCACCUAUGUCCUCAUGAUCGGAAUCUCCAUGGGAGCUACCAGCAAAUUCCGUCCUGACAUUCUCGGACCUACUGCCUCGACUGCAUUGGCGGUCAUUCUGCUGGAGUUCACUAUGAUCAAGUUGUGUAUCUAUCUGCUGAAUAUCACAAGCGAAGUCCCUAUCCUCGAUCUCUUGGCCUACUCUGGAUACAAAUUUGUCGGGAUCAUUAUAUCGAUUAUCGUCCAAUUGUCUAAUGCCCCGAGAUAUGUAUUCUGGGGCACUUUCUUGUACACCGGAGCAGCGACAGGAUUCUUCUUGCUGCGAUCAUUAAGAUACGUCAUCUUGCCGGAAUCUUCAGCGGGCACGGUCAUGGCUCCCCAGCGAAAGCGCAGGAUCCACUUUUUGAUCUGUCUGUCCGUCCUUCAGUUUGGCUUCAUGUGGAUCCUGGUCUAAGCUCGGGCGGUUUUUUUUUAAAAAAAAAAAAAAAAAAAAAAAAAAAAAAAAAAA